AUGACAGCCCCUGCAUGUGCUUUCCCUGUUCAGCUCCGUCAACCCUCAGUCAGUGGCCUCUCACAGGUCACCAGCAGCUUAUACAUCAGCAGUGGACUGGCUGCCAACAACAAGUCCAUGCUGUCCAGCCACCAGAUCACCACUAUCAUCAAUGUCUCGGUGGAGGUGGUGAACACCUACUAUGAGAACAUCCAGUACAUGCGGGUGCCUGUGGCAGAUACCCCCGUCUCACGCCUCUGUGAUUUCUUUGACCCCAUUGCUGACCACAUCCACAGUGUGGAAAUGAAGCAGGGCCACACACUGCUGCACUGUGCUGCUGGUGUGAGCCGUUCAGCCACCCUCUGCAUUGCUUACCUUAUGAAGUAUCAUGCCAUGUCCCUGUUAGAUGCACACGUGUGGACCAAGUCAUGCCGGCCCAUCAUCCGGCCUAACAACGGCUUCUGGGAGCAGCUCAUCCACUACGAAUUCCAGCUCUUUGGCAAGAACACCGUGCACAUGGUCAGCUCCCCAGUCGGCAUGAUUCCUGACAUCUAUGAGAAGGAGGUCCGUUGGAUGAUUCCACUGUGA